AUGUCACAAGGAGGAUAUGGGGGUGGCGGAAAUCGUGGUGGCGGUGGAGGAUAUGGAGGCCGAGGUGGUGGUGGAUUUAGAGGAGGUCGAGGUGGCGGCUUUGGUGGAGGCGGAAGAGGACGUGGAGGUUUUGGAGGAGGUCGUGGUGGAGGAUUUGGACGAGGAAGAGGAGGUGGUGGUUUCAGAGGAGGUUAUGAUACUGGACCGCCCGAAGAAGUAAAAGAGUUUGGUUUUUUUACUCAUCCUUGUGAAGAUGACCUUGUUUGUAAAUCGAUUCUGGAUGAUGUUCCAUUUUUUAAUGCUCCUAUAUACUUAGAAAACAAGCAACAAAUCGGAAAAGUAGAUGAAAUUUUUGGACCGAUACGUGAUUAUUAUGUUUCUAUCAAAUUAGCGGAAGAUGUCAAAGCAAAUUCUUUUGUGAAAGAUCAAAAGCUAUACAUUGAUCCUGCAAAGUUAUUGCCACUGACUCGAUUUCUACCAAGACCUCCAGGAACUCCUGCUCCUAGAGGGGGAAGAGGAGGCAGAGGUGGCAGAGGAGGACGAGGUGGUGGAUUUGGACGUGGUGGUGGCGGAGGACGAGGUGGUUUUGGUGGCAGAGGAGGUGGCUUUGGAGGUAGAGGUGGAAGAGGAGGAUUUGAUCGAGGAGGAAGAGGAGGAUUCGACAGAGGAAGAGGUGGAUUUGAUCGAGGAAGAGGAGGAUUUCAAGGAGGGAAUAAACGUUCAUUUGACGGUGGAAAUUUUACCCAAAACAAGAGACAGAAAUUUGAUUAAGAUUUAUUCACAUGUAUUUAUGUACAAAACUAUAUUCAUUCAUCAAAAUAAAUGUGUUUGUUUUUCAUCUCUUCUAAUUUUGUUGCCUUGUUAAUAAUCUGUAAAAAAGAAGGAUGUUAGUGUAUAAAUAAAAAAGUAUAUAAUUGUAAUUUUCAUGAAUGAAAUUUACUUAAAUGUUUUACAAAGAUAUAGUAACUAAGAAUUUCCUUAUUUUUUUUUAACAUUCUAGGUUGGUUAUAAUACAUAUUUUAAUAUGUUUAAAAAAAGUAAAUGAAAAAAAAAAAAAAAAAACAGUGCAGACACUGCAAGUAGUUGAGUAUGCAAAAUAUGAGAGCCAGCAACUAUGAAGUAGGGUUGGGGUUCAACCAACCCAAGCACUGUGCCCAGAGGUCUUGUAUUAGGACAGGCAAAUAUGUUUGAAUUCUUAUACCUGGCAUUCCAAAUAAUGAAAAACCACUUUGCCAGCGGUGGUCCUUUUUAGUCCUUUCCCUACUCCCUAUGUGUUGCCCAUUGAUACGCAUAGUGUGUGGUACCAUUCAGUUUGUUCAUGCAUCAAUUUUUUUUGUCAUAUGCCAGACAUGUGACCCAAACAUGUUGAAUUUAGCUUCCUAUGCCCCCCUUUUUCUUUCUACUAACAGUAUUUUGCUCUCUCCAAAAAUACUGAUUCAGUAAAAAUACUGAAAAAUCACGUCUGAUAUGCAUGUAAUAUAAUUUGGAUUUCCUCUUGUUGAGUAUUUAUUUAAGGCAUGUUUCACUCUGAAUCGAAAGAAAUGUCAUUAGAUGUAGUAAAUUAAAAAGAAAAAAAAAUAUGGUGCUUAUUUUGUGAUAAAACAUAAUUUAGCUAAAGAACCAAAAUCAGCCAUGCUGCUCAUUAAAGAGCAGCAGAUAGGAGAAAAUACAAUAUUAUUAAGAAGUUUGAAACUCGAUAAUUCACAGGAGGGGGGAGGGGGUAACAUGAAAAUGAAACAGAAAAGCUUGAGGUAUGUUGGGUCAGUUAUGUGAUUCAAUGAAAGUUAGAUCUCUACUCCAACCAUCACUUUGAGGUCACAUCACAAUUUUGUCAUUAUAUUCUCUUAUGGAGCGUUAUUCCUUUGUUCUCCAGUGUGGCUUGAGUAGUGUAAUAUGGCUGCUUUACAUUUCAGUUGUUGGUACUUUGCGAAGAGGGAAUUGGGGAAAAAAAAUGUGACCGACAAGGUCCAUUGUCAAUCUUUGAGCUUCUCUCAACGUCCAUUGGCAAAUUUCAGUCCUCAGAUUUUGCAUACUCGCUUCCCUCUAGUGCCUGGUCUAUAAGCCAAGAAGCAAACAGGGUUGGUUAAAAAAAAAAAAUUAAAAUUUUUUUUUAUUUCUUAAAAUUUAAACCGGGGUUGCUUUAUUUUUGAAAAUCAUGAAGAUUUUAUGAAUUAAUUGUUGAUAAAUGUUCACAUUUAUGCCCAAUUUCUUGAUAAUUAAUUAAAUAACUAAGGGUAAAGUCUAGUAAUUUCAUUUCGUCAUAAAUAGAACUUUCUAUAUAGAGAAAAUAAUGUUUAAAAUCUACAAACUACUAAAACUAAAAAAAUUAUUUUAAUAAACCUUGACGUAUAUAAAUAAAUCGGAGCAAUAAUUUACAGUAAAAGUUAAAACAUGAUUAACUAUAAAUUACCUGACAUAAAAACUUGUAAAUUAAUUUCUUCAUAAUUAUAGCUUUCUACAAUAAGUAAAAGUUACACAAAAAUCAUGUAUUCUUAAAACAUCGAAAGAAUUUUGCAGUACAGUAGACCCUCGUUUUACGCGGGGGUUACAUUUCACAGAAAUACCGCAUUAAGACCCAAUAUUAGUCUUAAAAUAUAGGCUAGAUUCCGCAGAUAAAAAAUACUUCAUUCUAAUGAUUACUAAAUGUAUAAGUUUAAUGUUUACUUACAUCAACUUCAAUGCACAACAUGCAUAAAGAAAACAAACAUUAAUUUUGCUUUCUGUUUAUGGAAAGGAGCUGGCUAUGAUAGCCUUUUGACAGUCAUUAAGAAUUUUUUUUCUAUAGUUCUUUGCAGAGUAUUCACGC